AUGGCUGGUCUGAUUGCAUCUGGAGUUAUCAAGUGGACAGCAAGAAAGCUUCCUUCCUUGGUUUCUGCACCAAUUGGGUCAUCACAAUCUGAUGAGCAGCAAACUUCUGCAAUCAGCGAUGUGCAGGCGCUGCAGAGGACGAUGGCUACUGUCCAGCGCACACUUGGGGUAAUGGAUGAGGAUAACAUCAGAGAUGAGUCUGGAAGGCUUCGCUUGAGGGAGCUCCAGCAGUUUGCCUAUGAUGCACAGGAUGCUAUCGACAAGUACAAGUUUGAGCUGCUGCGUCGUAUGAUGGAUGAUCCAAACAGUAAUGGUGAAGACAGAAGUACAUGUAAGCGCAAGCGCAAGGGAAAAAAGGAGGAACCUGAAACAGACCCUGUGGUGGUUCCAGUACCAGAUGAAUUGGCUCUCAGGGUAAAAAGAAUUCUAGAAAGAUUUAAGGAGAUCACUAAGGCAUGGAAUGAUCUCCAACUGGAUGAGGCAGAUGCACCAUUGAGAGAAGAUGAACAAGACUUCCUGCCAAUGCCAACAACCCCACAUGUUGAUGAACCCACUGUCAUUGGAAGAGAUGAUGACAAGAACAACAUAGUCAAGAUGUUGCUCUCAAUGGAUGGAUCUCAUGGAGAAAAAACUGCAUCAAUUCUUCCUAUCAUUGGAAUGGGGGGAAACUUCGAUCUUAAAAACAUUACGAGCAAAAUUAUCAUGUCAUUUACAAGAAAACCUUGUCAAAUAACAGAACUGGACCAGCUAGAGUAUAUGCUAAUGGAUCAAGUUGCUGGCAGAAAGUUUUUACUUGUUCUUGAUGAUGUGUGGAGUGAAAGGAAGGACCUUUGGGAUGCCUUGCUAUCACCAAUGUCAGCUGCACAAUUAGGGGCAAUACUUGUAACUACCCGCAAUGUGAAUGUGUCAUCAGUUAUCCAGACAAUGGCUCCCUACCAUGUGGGCUGCUUACCUUUUGAUGAAUCUUGGCAGAUAUUUAAGCAGAUGGCCUUUGGUCACCUAGAUCAAAAUAUAGAAAAAGCCUUUGAAGAAAUUGGCAGAAAAAUUGUUCAGAAAUGUGGAGGCCUGCCUUUGGCAGUCGAAGCAAUUGGAAGCGUGCUUCGCUUUGAGGAAAAUGAGGAAAAAUGGAGUGAUAUAUUGGACAGUGAACUGUGGGACUUACCAACAGGGGAGGAUACUGUGUUACCAGCCUUAAGAUUGAGCUAUGUCCGAACGCCGAUUGACCUGAAACGGUGCUUUGUUUUGUUCACGCUGUUCCCAAAGGGGCACAUUUUCAUGAAGGAAAAUGUUGUAUAUCUCUGGAUAUCUUUGGGCAUCCUUAAGCAGAACAACCAUAGACACCUUGAGAAUAUUGGGAAUCAAUACUUUGAUGACCUACUGCAGAGAACUAUGGUUCAGCGAGUACAAAUUGAUGGAGGACACAACUGCUUUACCAUACAUGACCUUUUCCUUGAUCUGGCCAAAUUUGUCUCAGUUAAUGGAAGCAUUAGGAUACUUCAAGUUAUAAAUGCUAUGGAUGAUAACAAGAUGUACUAUUCUUCUCUUUUCAAAAACAACAGAAGAUGCUUCUCCAAGUUGUUCUCUCAUCAUAUCAACAUUACACUUCCUGAAGAUCUAAGGGGUCUUCGACAUCUGAGAGCCUUGGAUUUAAGCCGUAGUUCAUUGACAUCGUUGCCUGAGUCAAUAGGAGAACUGAAGUUGCUUAGAUACCUCAGUAUUUUCCAAACACGAAUUGCCAAGCUACCUGAAUCUAUCUGCGGUCUUUACAACUUAAAGGUUUUGGAUGCAAGAACUAACAUGCUUGGAGAGAUUCCGCAAGGCAUUCAGAAGUUGGUCAGCCUUCAGCACCUUAGUUUAGAUCUCUGGUCUCCCCUAUGCAUGCCAAGAGGAAUUGGGGAGCUGAAGAAGCUAAAAACAUUGACAAGGUAUAGUGUUGGAACAGGGAAUUGGCACUGCAACAUUGCUGAACUACACCAUUUGGUGAAUAUCCAUGGAGAACUUUCCUUUACAGGGCUCAGCAGAGUGACCAACAUCAAUGAUGCUCAGACAGCAAACCUGGUCAGUAAAAGACACCUGCAAAUUCUGAGAUUGGAUUGGUCUGCUGGAUUCUACGCUACUGAAUGUGAGCACACUGUUAAUGAGAAUAAUGCAACAUCAACCCCAGAAUUUGAAGAGGAGGUAUUUGAGAGCUUAAAACCACAGAGGAACCUUGAGGAGUUGGAGGUAGUCGAGUAUAGUGGCAACAAAUAUCCAAGUUGGAUGGGUGAUCCUGCCUUCUCACGUUUAGCCAAGGUGACUCUAUGGAAGCAAAAAUGCAAGUUUCUUCCAGCUCUUGGCCAACUGCCUCAGCUCCAUGAACUUGUAGUCAUCCAUAUGGAAGGUGUAGAGCGAACUGGGCAAGAGUUUUAUGGCCAGGACUCCACAAAACGGUUCCCAGCUCUGGAGCUACUAGAGUUUCAGGACAUGCCAAAAUGGGUGGAGUGGUAUGACAUUGCUGAAAGUGAUUUCCCUUCUCUUCGUGAGCUGAAAAUCAAGGAUAGCAAUGAAUUGAGAGUCCUUCCACAGAAAUUGCCAGCUCAUUUGAAGAAGCUGGUUAUUACAAACUGUGAGAAGUUGAUUAGACUACCGAUUGCUCCUUCUCUCACUAGCUUAGUAUUGAAAGGCAACAUUCAUGAAGAAACAUUAAGUUGUCUGCAUUUUCCACUCCUCAGGACAUUAAAAGUCUGUUUCUUGAGAACAGCCAAGUUUAUCAAACUUGAAAACAUGCCAAUGCUAGAGGGACUAGCUAUUGUUGGAUGCAGACAGCUAUUUUCUGUAGCAGGAUUGUCUAACCUCGAAUCCCUCAGUCUUCUGAACAUAAAAGGUUGUCCAAACCUGCAUCUCCCUUUCGAGUCACUUCCGCAGAAGGUUCAACAAUCUACUGUCACAAAUUGUCCUCAGUUGCAGGAAUGGACUGAGUGGCAGCAAGCUCAAAUGCCAAAACAUGAACAUCAGUUACAAGAACCUGAUAGUGCAAGCUACAAUCAAGAGGUUCUCAAUGCAAUAGAGGAUGACAGUGAGGAUGACUUUGAAGGUGUCAGUGAAGAUGAAGAUGAUUGUUUCUAUGAUAGCAUGCUGGAUGUUGGAGAAUCGAGUGGAAUGGCCAUUGAUUAA